GUCAUCACCUUCACCGAUGGACCGAUGCGACGUGCUCACAUCUAUUUAGACUAGUUUUGUUUCAUAAGCAAAUCUGAAGUAUUUGUUUACAUUUAAUAAUCGGGGCAGUUCUUAAGAAAGAACCAGGCAGUCAAGCUUUAGAUGUCGAGGGUUAAACUACGUUUGUUGUAAUAAAGCGUAUUAUUGUGAAUUUAGUGUUUUAAUCAAACUAAAAAGACAGAUUAACAGUCGCUAAUCUAUCAUCAGAAGUGGGAUAUCUUCUCGUGAAUUAUUUCCGGAAGAAAGGACCUAAAAAAAUAUUUUUUUUUUUUUUUUUUGUGUUUCUUUGUGAACGAACAAUGGCAGACAAUAGUGAAAAACGCGACCGCGCAGUGAGUCCGAACGUUGUGAACAUUACCGAAAGUGUAUCGGAGACGGACAAUAAUAUGGCGUUGUUAUUUAAAAUGCAGCAAGAAAAUAACAACAGUUUCCAAAAACAAAUCAUGGAAAUUUUGUCGACAAUGGCCAACGCCCAAACUACUCAAGCAACAUUGAGGGUGACUGCGCAGACGCAACCUGUUUCCGCUUCAGUAUCAGAAGGUGUAAGUGCCGCGGCGGCGCAGUUUCGACUUGCCAGUUUUGACCCAGAUGAUACACCGUUUACUAUGGUUGAGUGGAUGGAUGAUGUUACUAGGAUCCAACAGGAGCUGGAAAUAUCCGAUACUCUUAUUGUUUUAAAAGCUGGUCAUGCUUUACGAGGACGUGCAGCACGCUUUUAUCAACAUUGGAAACCUAUUAUUAGAGAUUGGGCUUCUUUUCGACGAGAUUUUGAAAUUGCGUUUCCUGAGUUAGGUACUCCUGCUACUCGUAUCAGAAAUUGUUUAGCAAUUAAGAGUUCAAGUUUUGAUUCACUAGUAGAAUACGGUAACGCCAAAUUAACAGCAAUUAGAAGAUUUUAUUCAGACUUUCCAUGGAAUGUUGUGUUAAGUCUUGUUGAAUACGAUAUUCAAAACACAGAAGUGAAAAAUCGAAUCUCCUUGCUAGCUCCUACAUGUGAUUCUGAACUAUUAAAACUGUUGGCUACCUGUGAUGCGAAUAAAUUGAACGCUGGUGUGCGAGAGCGUGAAUUGUCACGAAAACGACCGUAUAGCUUUCGUGAUCAGCGUUCGUUUCAAGGAAACUGCAGAAGAUGUCAACGCUAUGGACAUAAAGCAGUGGAUUGCAAAAAUGCGGAAAAAGUACAGAAUAUGUCGGAAAAGGUACAGCCGGGUCCUUCUGGAGUACAUCAAAGAAAUUUUUCGUCUGGCAACAACACCUCAGCAAAUAAGUUUUGUAACAUCUGUAGAAUGAAUGGCCAUUCAGAAGAUACAUGCUAUAGUAAAAAACAAUGACAUGAGGCAUCAAAACGAGUGCUCCUGGCAAAAAACACUCGUUUUAUCCGUUCAUUUCCAUCAGCUACGGUUACUAACAAUUCCAUGAUCAGUUCAAUAGCAUACUUAGUAGACACAGGUGCAGAUGUCUCAAUACUUCACGAAAAAAUAGCGAAAGCCUUAGACUUGCAAAUUCAACCGGAUUGCCAAAUACUGUCUGGUGUAGGAAAUUGUGUUAUGAAGCCUCUGGGUCGCAGUAGUGUUGUGAUGUGUACACCAACCAUGACAUUAGAAAUUGAUUUUCUAAUUGUGCCAGAUGGAUCAAUUCCUGGAUGUGAUGUUGACGCUUUAAUUGGACUUGAUGUUUUAAAACGACCAGUGAUAGGCAACGAAUUUGUGCUAUAUACGCGUUUGAAGAAAAUGACUUAAAUUUGUCAGGACUGGACGAGUGGGUUAUUAAGGAAAUAAAAACAAUAAUCCAAAAUGGAAUAAGUCAAACACCGGCCGCAGUAACAACAAACA